AUGGGCUGGCUGCCGUCAAUAUUUGGAGGGGGGGACUCCAGCGACCCCCUUAGAAAUCUGGACCCCAAGCUGCGCGAGUUCCUAGACAAGGAAUCGCCAGUCAAAUACAACAAGCCAACAGCACAGCCCACGGCACCACCCGCCACGACAGCUACGACGUCGCAAGACGGCGCCGCUCCCGCGAUCGAUGGCACAAAGGGUAUCGUGCCCUCGCAAAGUUUAUAUCAGGACGGCCGGUACGCGCAUCUGUGGAAAACUUACCGACCGCUCGCGCAAAUCGAGGAGGAGACCACGACAGAGCAGGAAAAGCUGGUCAAGAUUCUCGACGGAUACAAGGAGCGCAAGCAGGCGAUUGGCAUCGCGGCUAUGGAGAACUGUGCCAUUCAACAAGAAGAAUGGAUCAAUUGCAUGAAGAAGGGCAGCUGGUCAGAUCAACUACAAAUGUGCCGCCACCAAGUCCAUAGGUAUGAGCGCUGCUAUACGAUGCAGUCGCGAUUCCUGCGCGCGCUCGGAUACGGCUCCGUGACGGACCGCCCGGCGCAGGUUGAGGAGGACAUUCAGAUGCACGCCGACAAGCUGUUCAACCGCAUGCUGGACCACGAGAGGGCCGUCGCCCAGGCCAAGGAGGAGGGCCGUCCGGUCCCCGUAUUCGACUCUGUCGUGCCCAAGCCGUCGCGGCCGCUGCCCACGCCCGCCGAGGACGUCGAGAAGACGUGGCGCGACACGCUGGCUAAGCUGCCCGAGGCCGAGCGCGAGGCCGAGGAAGCCGCGCUGCGCGCCGACUACGAGACCAAGGAGGCCGUGGCCAGGAACAUCAAGGACCUAAGGGACGCCACGAAAAAGGAGAGGGAGGCACGCCAGGCCGCGGGGGAGGCCACCUUGACCGACACGCUGUCCGCGCUGUGGAGCGGUGGCAAGGGCAGCAAGUAA